AUGGGUCGUGCUCGUGCAGCAAAGCAUAGCCACGCCAUCAGGCACGGAGAGGCAAUUGGAGCAAAUUUGAAGCGGGCGCUAGUAUUAUUCUACAACGUAACUUAUUAUCACAGCCUAAUAUCCAUGAUGUGGAUCUGGAUUCAAAACUUUGCUGAUAUUGGUCUCUCGUAUAAUGUUAGCGGACAGCAUGAUAUCAACAUUCAGGUCAUCGAUGCAUAUUUGCACAAAACAAAGCAGAUGUGUGUAAUUAGCCCCGCGUCUGCAACGAGCUGGAAUUUGAUCACAUAUGGUGCUAGCUUGCUGGAUUCCAGCUUACCUGAGGACUAUGCGGAUGGAGGAAGGGUACUAACUAUGCUGAUUGAUAAGGAUAUACCAUCACAUAUAAGACGGCUGCUGAUCAGGUCACCAAGACACAGAAUACAGAAGCUGAUUGGAACCCUUGCAUGGAGAAGCCCAGAAGAGCGAGAGAUGAGAUGGCAUGCAGUGAGGAUUAUGGAGCAUCUCGCUGGUGACAUCAACCUCGCUCACUUUCCAGGAGCAUUGGAAUGCAUAUCCUCCCUCUUCGAUCAAGAAACUCUCUCUUUGACAUUUGUUGCUCCACAAGGAACUGAUCAGGAUUUGGUUUUGCCAGGCCUGAGAAUUCUAGAGAACCUAGCUCACGACAGACAUAACUGCACAUUGAUAUACAACACCAAGGAUCUUCUUUCAAAAAUAGUAGCACCCGUCAGCUCUGACAAAUUAACAGAAGAUAUCAAGAACAGCGCUGCAUGGACCAAGGUAGUAGAUGGAUCACUGAAAGUGGUGAGCCGGCUCAUGGGUUCUUCAGGAAGCACCGGCCAAGACAUGUGCAAGCAAAUUGCAGAUGAUAAUGAUGCAGUCAAAAACUUGGAGGCCGUUCUAGACAUGGAUAUGAAGAGCAAUGAUGGUAUCAUAGAGUUACAGAUGAGAGCUAUAGAGGUUCUGACACAAUUAGUCUUGCAUCAUCCAGCAUGUACUUCUGCAGAAGAACUUAUCAAGAGGGCACUGCACAUCUUCCUUACUGCAGAUUGGAUGGAAGAUUAUCUGAAAGAUGAGAAAAGGAAGAUCGAGCACCAGACUACAAGUCAUGUGCAAAAGAAGAUGAAAGAAGCCAAGGAAACUGCAAGCCGGCUCAAAGAACAGGCUGGUGCAACAUUGGCCAUGCUGUCCAGUGAUUCAGAGGCUAUCAAGAGUUUCACAGGAUGUAAUGAUGAUGUCAAUAAUCUUACUGAAUUACUCGACACCGACAUCAAGACCAUCAACUGCAAAAUAAGUGCAACAGAUACUGUGAAAAUAGAGAUCAGCAUUGCAUGCCGUAUUAGUGCAGCAGUCAUCUUGAAGCAUUUGAGCAACUAUGUCAAGGAACCAACUUUACGGAAGGUACUCAGACAAUUGCUUCCUGUACAACAAGACGAGCAGAGCCAUAGCAAGCACAGGAGGCUACAAGCACCGCUGUUAUCACUCAUCACAGUGAUUCGUGCAAACUCCAAUCUUAGUCUUAGACCAAUCUUAAUGUCGCAGAGGCCGGCGGAUACCCUGGAAGAGUUAGUGGUGAGGCUCAAAAGGAUGGCGGACAACAUGUACGCCACCCCUGCGUGCCUCGCGAUACAGAAGCUUACUUGCCAGAUGGUUAUAGAUUUCAUGAAGGAUGAUGGAAAUGUCAGAGUGAUCGACCAGCACAAUAUCGUUGGCACAUUACUGAAGGCUUCAGAGAUGAUGGUGGGCCUUGAGAACAGCAUUCUUUUCUCUGGAGUCGAUCCUGACUGCUAUGGGGUUCCUCUAAGGCCUUUCUCUAAAGUUCUCGCUAAAAAUGCCGAAGAUCUUUUGACACAGAGGAAACAAGCACUUGGCAUCAACAAUGUGCCUGCCGGAUUUCUGCAGCAUGAUGGAAACGUCGAAGUGAUUGACAGGCACAAGAUCAUUGGCGCAUUACUGGAGGCUUCAAAUGUGAUAGACGGGCUUGAGAGUAGCAUGCUUUUCACUGGUGCUGAAUGCUGA